UGUCAGUGAUCAAACUUCAGUUGAAAUCAAAUCUUCAACGUAGCUCCAUGAAGAAAAUCCGCUGCUCAACAUGAGCAAAUUUGAGCAGAUCCUAAAGGAGAUCGGAGCGUUUGGUUUGUUUCAGAAGCGUCUGGUGGCUGCACUAUGCAUCCCCAGCAUAUUUGUAGCGUUUGAUAUCAUCUGCCAGGUGUUCACUGGCAUGAACUUUCCUCACCGCUGUAACACCGACUGGAUCUUGGAGCGUGGACCCAACCUGACAGAUGAGAGACAAAAAAAUCUUACAGUCCCUGUCAACAAUGAGGGGAAAUUUGAAAGGUGUACCAUGUUCACACCUGUGAACCUGUCUCUAGAAAUCAUUGAGAAGUAUGGACUUAACAGCACUACAAGCUGCACUCAUGGAACAGAUUUUGAGGCACCAGAAGGCAGCUCCAGUAUUGUGACAGAGUUUAAUCUAGUGUGUGAAAGGAGCAGCUUUAUUGAAGCUUCACAGUCCAUCUACAUGGCUGGUCUUCUAGUUGGGGCAUUUAUCCUGGGGCAGAUGGCUGACAGGUUUGGCCGGCGCUUUGUGGUGCUGCUUUCCCUCCUUUUGCUGCUGGUGUUUGGUGUAGGCUGUGGUUUUGCACCCAAUAUUUAUGUAUACAUCGUUCUCAAGUUUUUUUGUGGCGUUGCCAUUUCUGGGAUUGUGGUCAAUGCUUUUGUCAUAGGUGGAGAAUGGAGUGAUUCAUCAAAGUUUGCCCUCUGCACCAUCAUCUGCCAUUCUUUUACUCCUGUUGGACUGAUUAUGUUAUCGGGCCUUGCCUAUUUGAUUCACAACUGGAGAAUCAUGCAGAUUGUGCUCUUCAGCCCUCUGGUCCUAGUCCUAGGAGUCUUCUAUUGGGUUCUUCCAGAGUCAGCUCGCUGGCUCAUCACUCAAGGAAAGAAGGAGGAGGCCAUAAAAGCAGUGAGGAGAGCUGCCAAAGUGAACAAAAGGAAAGUACCUGAAGAUCUGUUAGACAAACUGGAGGAUGAAGUGACUGCCAAAAAAGGAGCCAUGCUGGACAUCUUCAGAAUAUCAUACCUGAGGAAACGAGCCGUCAUAAUGAGCACCGUCUGGUUUGCAACUAGCCUCAUGUACUAUGGACUGAGCCUCAACGUAGGAAACUUUGGCUUGGAUAUUUACCUCACACAAUUUAUUUUCGGUCUGGUGGAAUUUCCUGCACGCAUAGGCAUUUUGCCCCUUCUCCAGCGCUUUGGGAGAAAAAUCUGUCAAGGGGGUGUGCUGCUCUUUGGAGGUUUAGCUUGUCUUGGGAUUCUCCUUGUACCAAAAGAUCUUCCUGUCGUGGCAACAGUCAUUGCUGUCUUGGGGAAAUUUGCCGCCACGGCCAGUUUCGCCACUGUCUAUGUUUAUACUGCAGAGUUGUACCCCACCAUUUUAAGGCAGAAUGGCGUUGGUCUAAAUUCUGUGUGUGCUCGCGUGGCGGGAAUCCUCGCUCCACUCAUCCGGCUGCUGGAUGUCUACCAUUUUACAAUCCCCAUGCUGAUAUACGGCACCAUCCCUAUUGUUGCCGGGGGUCUUUGCGCAAUGUUACCUGAAACUUGCAAUGCUGAACUGCAGGACCUUGCUGAAGUUAGAAAACCUAAUGCUGAAACUGCAGAAAAAAGUGACAAAGAAAAUGAUGUUUAA